AUGAGACUUUAUCAAACACUCAAGUCAAACAUCUCAUCUAUCUAUCUAUCCUAUCCCAUCCUAUCCUGUAUCAUCCUAUCUAUCCUAUCCUAUCUAUCUAUCUAUCUAUCUAUCUAUCUAUAUAUCUUUCUAUCUAUCUCUUUCUCAUCUCUCUCAUCUGUCUAUCUAUCUAUCUAUAUAUCUUUCUAUAUCUUUCUAUCUAUCUCUGUCUGCUCAUCUCUCUCUCUCAGUCUGUCUGUCUGUCUGUCUAUCUAUCUAUCUAUCUAUCUAUCUAUCUAUCUAUCAUCUAUCCUAUCCUCAUAUCUCUAUCUAUCUAUCUUUCUAUCUAUCUGUCUGCUCAUCUCUCUCUCAGUCUGUCUGUCUGUCUAUCUAUCUAUCUAUCACAAUCUGUUCAUAUCUAUCUAUCUUUCUAUCUAUCUCAAAGACUUCUUUAUAUUAAUAUCAUUAUUAUCUAUCUAUCUCAUUAUUUUUAUUUCCUAUCUGUGUCUCAUCCUGCUGUUAUCUAUCUAUCUAUCUAUCUCGCAACCCUUCCUAGGUUACAACGCAAUCUAUUUCCGCCUGUUCAUAUCUAUCUAUCUAUCUAUCUAUCUAUCUAUCUAUCUAUCUAUCUAUCUAUUUCAAUCUGUUAAUAUCUAUCUAUCUAUCUAUCUAUCUAUCUAUCUAUCUAUCUAUUUCAAUCCGUUAAUGUCUAUCUAUCUAUCUAUCUAUCUAUCUAUCUAUCUAUUUCAAUCUGUUAAUAUCUAUCUAUCUAUCUAUCUAUCUAUCUAUCUAUCUAUCUAUCUAUCUAUCUAUCUAUUUCAGUCUGUUCAUAUCUAUGUAUCUAUCUAUUUCAGUCUGUUCAUAUCUAUGUAUCUAUCUAUUUCAGUCUGUUCAUAUCUAUCUAUCUAUCUAUCUAUUUCAAUCUGUUCAGAUUUAUCUGUUUCAGUCUGUUCCUAUCUAUUUAUCUACUUCCUUUUAUUCAUAUCUAUUUCAGUCUGUUCAUCUAUCUAUCUAUCUAGCUAG